AUGAGGAUCCAUUACCUUCUCUUUGCAUUUCUCCUGGUGCUGCUCUCUCCAUGUGCAGCUUGUAUCCAAAUAAUUAGUUCAAUAAGAGGUGUCUGCUGGGGUCAGUGUGUUUCUGGCACUAGAGAGAUUGGCAUGUCUGGCCUUCGUAGUAUGAAAUGCUGCAUAAGAAAAUAG